AUGUCUCACGAACUUGUGGCUGCCGGCCUCCUGCUGGCCGUCUAUGUCCUUGCCCACUUCUUCAACAGGACGGAGACGCCUAAGAUCAAGAACCUGCCUGAGAUUCCCGGAAUCCCCAUCUUUGGCAACCUAAUCCAACUCGGCACAGACCAUGCUCGCGUCGCUAAGGCUUGGGCAGUUAGGUACGGGCCGGUUUUUCAGACCCGUCUGGGCAACCGGCGGAUUGUCUACGUCAACACGUACGAGACAGUCAAGUACUUUUGGAUCAAGCACCAGCCCGCGCUAAUUUCGCGUCCCACCUUCCAUACCUUCCACUCCGUCGUCUCCUCCUCACAGGGCUUCACCAUAGGCACCUCACCCUGGGACAAAUCUUGCAAGGCCCGACGCAAAGCUGCCGGCACCGCUCUCAACCGACCAGCUGUACAGUCCUACAUGCCCAUCAUCGACCUUGAGUCAACUGUGAGCAUAAAGGAGCUGCUCACGGACUGCAACAACGGCAGCCGCGAGGUCGAUCCCAGCCCUUACUUCGCCCGAUUUGCCCUCAACACGUCUUUGACACUCAACUACGGGUUUCGCAUCGACGGCACCGUUGAAAGCGAGCUGCUACGCGAAAUCACCCAUGUCGAGCGCGAGAUCUCCAAUUUCCGAUCCACCAGCAAUAACUGGCAGGACUACGUGCCGCUUCUGCGCAUUGCCAACCGCCAAAACUCUUCAGCCGAGGAUUACCGUCUGCGCCGCGACCGCUACCUGGCCCUCCUGCUCGAUGGCCUCAAGCAGCGCAUCGCUAGCAGCACUGACAAGCCCUGCAUCACCGGUACCAUCCUGAAAAACCCAGAGGCAAAACUCAACGAAGCCGAAAUCAAGUCAAUUUGCUUAACUAUGGUCUCUGCCGGCCUCGACACCGUGCCAGGCAAUUUGAUAAUGGGACUGGCAUACAUCUCUACCGAGCAUGGACAGGAAAUACAGAAGGCAGCACUCCGGGCGAUUGAGGAGGUCUACCCAAAUGGCGACUGCUGGGAAAAGUGUCUUGUCGAGGAGAAGGUGCCCUAUGUCACUGCUUUUGUGAAGGAAACACUGCGCUUCUGGACCGUUAUCCCGAUAUGUUUGCCACGCACCAGUGUCAAGGACAUCCCGUACGAAACCGCUGUCAUUCCAGCUGGCACAACUUUUUACAUGAAUGCCUAUGCCGCUAAUUAUGAUGAGACUCGCUUCAAAGAGCCCAAGAGAUUUAUUCCGGAGCGCUUCCUAGACGACAACGAGUCAGGCACGCCACACUACGCCUACGGCGCCGGCUCGCGCAUGUGCGCCGGCUCCCACCUGGCUAACCGCGAGCUGUACACGGCCUUCAUCCGGUUGAUUACGGCAUUCGAGAUCCUGCCGAGCGGUGACCCAGCCGAUGCACCCAAAAUCGAUCCCAUCGAGUGCAGCAUUAAUCCGACCUCGCUGACGACUGACCCUCGGCCUUUCAAGAUCCGCUUCAAGCCAAGAAACAAGGCUCAACUGGACGAGUGGAUUGCUGCGGCAGAGGCUAGAACACGCGAGCUGCAAUAG